AUUUUCGACCGAGCAGGUGAGAUAGAAAAUAAUCUAUACCAAACGGUUUUUACGCCAGAACAAUGUCAAAUGCAAUAACAAAUCACAACGAUGGGAGCUAAAGAACAAAUGGAGCGCACCCCAUUGAUUCACCAUAAUGUCUUACAUUUGCAUGUGAAGAAUGUUCAUGAAAAUUACAAGUGCGUGCCAUUAUCGACUGUUUACAGACACUGCUAUUAUAAAGGCCAUGUUUAGAAGGCAGUAUCAAUUGUGCAUUCAUGUUACACCCCGGAAUGUCAAAACCAAUGGGUGUAUUGACAGCAAAUUGGUAGGAUUCCAAAUCAGACGUAAACCAAAUGAGUAACAGAUAGGUUUUAAAUCUCACAUAGACAUGUAGUCGUGUAGACGUGUACGUGGAUAUUUAAACAAACGAGGAAGGCAUGGCAGUAUUGAUUCCUGUACUUACCCUUUGCCUUGUCAUCGCUGGUAGUGUGGCAACAGAUCCCUGUUUGACAUACGAAGAUUUCACAGCCGACUCAACACGAUCGCCUAGCUACGUAGAAUCUGUGUACGACAACAAGAAUUGUGACGUAACCCUCACUGAGAAAUGGUACAGAUUGGUAGGGGACGCGGGGACUGACCUGACUAAUGACAGUAGUGUUUUAGUUUCUGGUGGAUGUGGAACAUCAUAUCAGCUCUGGAUGAAUGGCUCUGUACCAGAUGUUUCAGAUGAAGUUGUGGAUAGACAAAUAUGCAUGAGGUCACCCUUCUCAAUCUGCCACAGUUCUUUCACCGUCCAAGUGAAAAAUUGUUGCUCUUUUCGGGUUUAUCAUCUCAAGAGUGCAACUAAUUGUCCACAAUCCUACUGCGUCAGUCCCAGUUCUGUUCCUUCGGUCGGCUGCCCUACCACUACGAGUACCACGGCUGGAACAACAACUACAGCUGAGGAUACUACUACCAGUGUUUCUACCACGACAGCAACCACCACACAAACAGCUGCGGCCAAAACAAUAAACGGCGACAAGCAUGUGACGAUAGUGAACACCGUUAGCACUGAGAUCAUCAUAACUGUAGUUGUCCUGUUAGUGGUCAUCACAGUGAUACUCAUAGGAACUGCCAUAUGUAAAUAUAACAAGUGCAGCAAAGUGGACGCCGAGAGACGGUUGGCAAAUAGUAAUCCUGUUCAGUUCUUUCCACAAAAUGGCUACAUGGAAAUCUGCGACCAGGCUCAAGUGGUGGAGAAGGGCGGGUUCAAUAACAGUGCGCCUGCCAACACCCGCCACAUGUAGUACUACAAAUAUAUCAUGGCAGCAAAGAUGCACUCUCUUUCUAGAGGAGUACAUACAUGUAUCAAACAAGUGUCAUGAGAAGUGUCACAAACAUGUUUUGUGUAUAUAAUUUGUCGUUCCAUAAAUCAUUGCUUUGAAAAUUGUUCUGUUUAAAACCAAUUUUGUACAGUACAUGUAUGUUAUUAGAAAUUACUUUUUGAGGAGGAUGAUUAUAAUUUACAUAUCCUUACUUAAAUAUAUUAAAAUACAAGUAUUAACAACGUUAUGGUCAGAUGACUUCCCACUGAUAUAAAUGUAAACAUCUGAAAGAUAAUGUUUAAUCUGACAUAAGGCUAAAUGCAUCAGAAUUUUUGUUUUGUUGAUUCUUAAUUUGACCAACUUUACAACUAGUGUAUUUCGUUUGUUUCCUCAGUAGAAGGCUAUACCGCUACACCAAAUAAAUGUUUAGUAUAAGGUUUUGUAACCAUUUCAUUUUUUUUAUUAAAGUUUAAUCAAGUUUACUACAUGUAUCCAUUGGAUUCUUAAUUUGACAUCGAAACAGUAUUACAUUCCUCGAAAAGGUUUUACCGAAUUCUGAGAGGGACCAUAAAUUGAUGAUCUUCAUUGAUAAUCUCGUUUCGACGUUGCGGCGUUGUCGUUGUCAAUUCUCGCCUUUAUAUCUGAUUUUGAUUUUAUAAGGUUGAUACUUACCAAUAACAGCAUUUCCAUGUUUAAAAUGCAAGAUGUAUUCAUAUUUAGUAUGCGGAAAAUGCGACGUGCCUUACUGUAACGGAACAUUAACGAUCAUGAAAUUACAGUUAAUCAUUAUUAUAAAGAUUGAAAGUGAAAGCGCUCAUUUUCAGCCCACGAGAGGAAUGUUAUAUUAUGAAAGUGUCAAAUAUGUCUUUUAUUUCAUUUUCUGGAGGAUAAAGAUAUGCAUGGUUUUUUUUCUCGAUAUUAAAGGAUUAAACGUCAUUAAUAACACCAUAAAACGUAAUAAAGGUUAACUUAAGGUUUUCCAGCACAGCACUUUAUAAAAUGGCGAUAUGAUCUAAAUGAAAAUAUCAUACACCAAUGGUUUAUCUGUAUACGUGUAUGCAUUGCCAUACCUGUCCUCGAUGUCACGGUCUAGGUAUCACGUGCGUUUGGAUAAUAAUGGAAAUUAUUCAAUCAGACAUAUAUUACGGUGUCCGCCAAACUUUGAUUUACAUAAUAUCAGACAAAAUAAAGAUAUAAAUAAAAUACAA